CUCGCCGAUGAACUUCAGCCUGGCAUCCACGCUGGCGAGUGUCGUGUUCAAGCGGCCGUUCCCGCCGCCAUCUAUGGCGAAUCGUAUUGGCGCGCUCCUGCCACGGCGGCCGAGGGAGCCCAACGAGGCAUCCAUCAGUGAGGCAGGACAAGAGAUUUGUUUUUCUAGAACUUCUUCGCCAAGUACAGGCUCGGUUAGAAGGUCAACAGCGGCCACUUCGGUUACACGUGCGCCUUCAAGGCCAAGAAGGCAAGCAAAAGGGCCAGGAUGGUCACCAAGGUCAUUCCCAAGGCAAAGGCACUGCAGACACCAUUCAAAAGCUAUUCGCCUGACAUGCUGCGUCUGGUUGACCGCUACGAACGCUGAUUACUCGGUCGCACUGCAAGUCGGCGUUCCGGAUAAUUCGUGGAAGCUGUCAAGCGCACGAGGAGGUGGCUGGUUGGCGCCGUUGUCGUUGUCAAGACAGCCCAAGUGUGCUCUCUUCUUGGUUCCCUGCAUCCUGUGAUCUUCCGCUCUGUCCUAGCCUACAGUUACACCGUGACUUCACCGCUUGGAGGCUUGGAGCCUUCGGCUGCCCUGUGUCCCUGGCUCCCUGCUUUCCAUCUCUGGCCCAGAGUUCAGAGCUGUAGGCGCCUUUGUAUUUUGUACUGUCUGACGCAGGACCGUACUGAUUUUAGUUCAUACUCUGGCUUACAUCUCUGACAUGCACAGCCGCGGCACCGCUGAUGAGCAAUCAGCUCACAUUGGACUGUAGCACUCAUAUUAUUUGUUUUGAGGUAAAUAAAUCUCCUCCAUAAGAGAUUCUUUGCUUUAGUUUCCAAUAGCAAUUAGUAUGCAUAUAUAUGUUUUGAGUGGCUGCAGAUAGUUUGUGUUUUGUUUCCUGUCAUUUUGCAUUUAUAUAUGGGCUCAAGGUGGUGUAUUCACUUAGCUAACACGUAUUGUGACAGCUCAAGUUAUCUACAAAGUGUCAUUUUUUCUUGCUCAUGGUGCAUCUAUGUUUGCAGCAGCUAAAGAAAUUUUCUUAAAUUAAGCUCAAUCCUUUAUAUCCAUAGAGCAAACAUUUUGAAUUUAAAUGCAUUUCAAGCAUAUUCUUACAUCGUCUCUUGACCUGAUAUGUUGAUAGAGAUCAUUCGUUCUCACUUUGGCACUAUUUGCUAAUAGAAAAUGUUUGUCUGACGCCUCGAUCAUAAAUGAGAUGAGCUUUGCUGAACUUCAGGUACUAGAAAACAUCAAGGAGGAAAGGAGGGCCAAACAUGGACCUAAAACCUGGAAGUCUUUAUAAAGGGCAACAACAGAUAAAAGCUACGGGGCCGUUUUGGAUAACUCCUUCCAUGAAGAUUGAAUAUUCUCCUCGGAUAUUACCUUGCCACGUUAUAUCUAACAGACAGUUUGCAUAUUUGUUAGGCUUUAUUGAACAUGUAUUAGAACAUAGGGCCUGCUUUCAGUGAGGUUUGAUGGUAGAUAUUUUGUGUUUCUUCACAAAAUCUUACAAGUUCAAAUUCAGAUCAGUGGGGUAUUUUCUUAAUGGGAUUAAGGAGGAGUAUAUAAUAGGAUCAAGGAAUUGAUCGUGUGUCGUUCCAGUGAUCUCAUAACAGUCUUGGGCUAGAUUGUGGAGAACUAUGAAUAACUAAAAGUUAACAAUAAUAUAUUUAUAACAUAUCGAACUUCAGAAUGAGUUUUGGGGGUUACUUUGAUAUAUUCUUUAAUAUCUACUGAUAUAUCUAAUCUCAUUUAGCUUCUGCUUAACAUUUAUGCAUCAUUAGUGCGGCCAUAGCAACACUAGAACUCUGAGCAUACAAUGUAAAAAAAAAAAGAACUAUGAACAGUGCAUGCACUCUAAGAAAGACAAUCUUUUAUUCUACAACUAGCAUCCACAUUUUUUGGGUCUAAAUAUAGAUUCAUGUCAGAUGUCUUGGCUGUAGGUCCAAGCGCCAACACUAAAACUGCAUAUGAUUUGUUUCUGUGAUACCUUCUUAUUCUUUUUCAUAUUAAUAUAGUGGUGUCACUAGAACUGCUAAUUAGGAAAAAUUUAAUUUCCCACAUCGUGUUCACUUCCAUUGAUAAACAGCUCAGAAUUAGAAAUUUGCUUAUAGACAAUUAAGUUUCCAUUUAGCUACAUGUACCACAAUGAUGUAGUUUAUAAUUUCAAUGAUCUCUGAUGGUGCAUAAUUUUCGAUUGCUCCACACCUUAACGUUUCAAGAUUAAUAUAUAUUUUCUUAUAGUAAUGUUGCCGAUAGAGGAGUAGGGUCGAUGCAACAAUUACUGUGUUUUCAGUUUUUUUUGGAAGUGAGCUUUUGUUUUGGUUGGAGUUUCUCUUUUACGUCAAGGUUUAAGUAUAAUCAGUACCCUUUUAAGAUUGGGAUCUUUA